AUGCUACAGAAACCAAUGACAUCGCAUUUCCAUUUGUAUAAUAUGUCAUGGCCACGGCUGUUCAUUCUUGUCGGUGGUGUGGUGGCCAUGUCCCUUUGGGCUUUCAUGGCUUUCGACGACUACAAAACUAACUUUUUGCCUGCUGAAACGUCUACGGAAAUCAAUGAGAUUCAACCAUCAGGUAGCCAAGAAGAUGUCAACACCAAAAUCGACAAGCCACUUGAUCGAUGUAUACUACCGAAUUUCGACCCAUGGGAUAGAGACAUCAUACCGUUCGUUGACCUCAACUAUGAUCCGUUGAGGAAUUGUAAUCGAAGUUUCAAACCAUUGACAGUGCUCAAGGACGGCAUUCUAUCGGCCACUUCUGACAACGUCACCUGUUGGGGCAGGUACUUGCUUUCUUUCUACUCAAUCUUUUUUAUCGAAUAA